GGGAGGCAGGGAGGGAAAGCGGGGACGGAGGGCGGCGGCGAGGAGGAGCGGGGCGCGUCAAGCCGAUGCCGGCGGCCGUUGGAGGAGGGUUCGCCCUCGCGCACCCGGCGAGGGCGGCGGGCCUUGGCAGCGGGGAGGGAGAGAAAGAGGAGCGAUUCCUGCCUCCUCCUCCUCCUCCUCCUCCCCCCUCUUCUGAAUGGGGUUAUUGUGUGUUGGGGGCAGGGAUGCUGCUGUGCUUGGUGGCGGGAGGAAUGAAGAGAGGGGUCUGGGGUGGGCAGAGAAGAGCGCGAAGGAAUCGGCAACGCGGCCUUAUUUCCCCAUCCCUUGCGCAUCCUGCCUUUUUCCACUUUGAAGGCUUUCCGGCGCCAUUCUUUCGUCCCCGCUUCCCUUUUCCCUUUUUACGCGUAAGCUUCCGGCGCGUCCCUUUCCCCCUCGCCCUCGUCCUCUUCUCCAGAUUCCUUCCUUGUGAGAGGAAAAAUGAGUAACUUUCUCCUGACUAAUCCAGUCCUAGGCUGCUGCGGAUCCUUUAUUACUUGGGGAUGCACCACCACCGCCCGAUUUAAUUCGUUUCGUCAGGCAGGGGUGAGGUUUUGCAGCAGCCCACUCGGGGAUACAGUUAACUGGCUGGUUGUAAAAAAAAAAAAAAGUCCAUCCCAGCCUACACCCUGAAGGGUUCUUCAGGACGGCUAGCAAUCUAUAAAACCUGAUGAAAACCCUAUCUGGUAAUUAAAAUGUCAGCAAUAAAACCGGUGAUGCCUAAAAGAACCUUCCGCUUCCAGAGGUCUAGAUUAAUAUGAAUGCCUUCAGAUUUUGCCAGAACAUGGCUAAGGAAAGGGAGUUCCAUCGUAGGUGGAGAAAGGCCUCUCUCACACUUUCACCCUCAACUGCACUGCAAAGUUUUGGUUGGGCUGUAUGGAGAAAGGUGCACCUUCAAGUACUUUGGUCCCAGGACAAUGAGAUGGUGGAUGCCAGUGUAUGUGAGAAGGGGGGUUGAUUGGGGAAGAAAAAGUGAUUUAUUUGCCAUCCGAGAAUAGCACCUCAGUGGGCUCCAAUACACAGUUACCUACUCCUACCAGCCUUCCUAAACAUAGAGUUCUUCACUGGAGUCAUUGUGCUGAGAAAAUGUAAACUUACUCAUUGGUUCACAUGUUUGCAUUACUUCUAGCAUCUUGAAAAUACAAGAACUGGUACAAAUUAGUUAUUGACAUUUGCGGGUUUGUAAUCAUUGUCAUAUAAUAAAGCUGGGGCAUCUUCCCUAGGAGAGACUAUGGUUGUAUUGCCAUUAUUUGGCUACCACACAUUUGGUGGUGUUUGAAGAGAGGAAGGCUGUUUAAGCCUAGUCUAUGUGACAUCAGUAUGAAAUUGAUGCGGAAGAGAAAAACCUGGGCUGGGGGGUGGGGUGGGGUGGGAACAGGAGAUAAAGUGAAUAAGUCCCAUACAGGCCAUUGCUUGAUACAAACAGCCACCAUCCUAGCCUCUUUAAACCAUCUUGUUGUAUAAGCUUAAAAUAUGUCCUAUUGGUGUUCCUACAACAAAUUUUUACUUGCUUUGGUGGCCAAGCUGGAUAUUGUGGUCAUUGGGACCCUCUCACUCCCCUUGUCACUGACCUCAAGCUGUACCUCUGUGCUCAGGACAAUCCUUGGCUCCUCUCUCCACUACCAAGUUUGGAGCUAGAAAUGAUUCCCUUCAUCACACUCUAGGGGGUCUCAUCAAUGCAGUUUCCAAUAAGGCCUCUGCCACCUUUCCUGCUUGGGAGAAGGUGAGUGGAGUGGUGGAGAAGCGACCAAGUGCCCCAUUCCUCAUUUACACUCACCAUAGAAAGCAAUGUGCCAGGUGCAUUUUGCACCUGACUAUUGGCCACUUGUGACCAUGUGAAGAUGGCUGGGCACCAGGAUGGUGCCUGAUGUUUCCACCAUCUAGAGCAGGCAUCCGCAAACUGCAGCCCUCCAGAUGUUUUGGCAUACAACUCCCAUGAUCCCUAGCUAACAGGACCAGCGGUCGGGGAAGAUGGGAAUUGUAGUCCAAAACAUCUGGAGGGCCGAAGUUUGGGGAUGCCUGGUCUAGAGGUACAUGCCUGGGGAUCCUUGGAUCUUGGCUGUUUUCACACACUAGCAACACUUCCUGUAGAAUUCUAUCAGUUGUAUUUUAUCUGCACACUCAGGAUGAAUUUCAGGAACCAAAAAGUCAUAUUAAAAAUACGACUUUUGAGCUGUCUGGCCCAAAAAUGGCAACUAGGCAUUCUGCUUUGGUGACUGUAACCUGACUUAAGGGGUUGGUGCCUAGCUUAUAUACUGUACAGUGGUACCUCUACUUACGAAUGUUUCUACUUACGAACGGAGCUCCGUCUGCCAUCUUGGAUGCGGUUUAGAUAGGAUUUUUUCUACUUACAAAUUUUUAGAUAGGGUUAUCUAUCUAUUUUGGUGACUUACGAUUUUUUUCUCACAAUGCAUUCCUAUGGGAUUUGACUUACAAAUUUUUUCGACUUACAAAUAUGCAUUCGGAACGCAUUAAAUUCGUAAGUAGAGGUAACACUGUAUAUGAGUUUUUAACACUGCAAGAUGGGCCAGACAUAUUUUUCAAUACGGUUCCUGAAAUUCAUUCUGAUUGUGCAGACACACUGUACAAUAUAACUGAUAGAAUUCUACAGGAUGUGCAGUUCCAAAGUUGCCCGCUGCAGGUUACCAUGCAUAUCAGAGGGCAGUGUCGUGACAUGUAUGGAAAGCAAAAUGUGGAACUCUGGUUAUCAUAAUAAAGCUACCAGUACUUGAGGUUGGGGAAAGUAUGGUCUGGAGUUCAGCUCCUACCAUCCCUAACUUCUACCAUGCUGGCUGGGACUGGUGGAAGUUGGAGUCCUACAAUAUCUUGAGGACUACAGGGCCUCCUUCCUACUUUGAAGUCAAAUUCUGAAAAUUUUAAAGUAAGAUCACAGCCAUUUCUUAUUUCUUUACCUAUAAACUUCUACUUCUACUGUGGGAUAUCUGAACAUACUUUGGUACUUUUAACUUUUCUGGCUUCAACUUCUUAAUGCUUAGUGCUUGACGAGAAUUUUUGUUUACCUCUUACUGCUGAAUUUACAUUCUGAAUCUAGCAUUGUGAGUUCUGCUGAUUACUGUCAGCUUGGUAGAAGAAGUCUACCCUAGAGGGGAGUCACUACUGUAUGAGGAUUCUUCUUAUUUCCUUGGUGUCUUUGCCAAAUGCUUUCAUCUCACCCAGCUUCUAUCAGCAGUACAGGUUUCAGACAAUUGCAAGUACACUUCUGUCUUAGCAUUAAUAACAACAACAAUUUUAUUAUUUGUAUGCCACUCAUCUGACUGGGUUGCCCAAGCCACCCUGGGCAGCUGCCCAGCAGAAUAGUAAAAACACGAUAAAACAUCAAACAUUUAAAAUUUCCCUAAACAGGGCUGCCUUCAGAUGUCUUCUAAAAGUCAAAUAGUUGUUUAUUUCCUUGACAUAUGAUGGGAGGUGGUUCCACAGGGUGGGUGUGACUACUGAGAAGUGCCUCCCCCUGGUUCCCUGUAACCUCACUUCUUUCAGUGAGGGAACUGCCAGAAGGCCCUCAGUGCUUGAUCUCAGUGCCCCAGCUGAACAGUGGUGGUGGAGAUGCUCCUUUUGAUGUACAGGGCCAAAGCCAUUUAGGGCAGGGGUUUGCAAACUUUUUCAGCAGGGGGCCGGUCCACUAUCCCUCAGACCUUGUUAGGUGCUGGACUAUAUUUUUUUGGGGGGGAAAUGAACGAAUUCCUAUGCCUUAUAUAAAAUACCCAGAGAUGUAUUUUAAAUAAAAGCACACAUUCUACUCAUGUAAAAACACACUGAUUCCCGGACCGUCCGUGGGCCGGAUUUAGAAGGCGAUUGGGCCGGAUGUGGGCCUUGGGCCUUAGAUUGCCUACCCAUGGUUUAGGGCUUUAAAAGUCAGCAUCAACACUUUGAAUUGUGCUUGGAAAUGUACUGGGAGCCAAUGUAGAUCCUUUAAGAGCAGUGUUAUAUGGUCCCAGUGGCUGCUCCCAGUCACCGGUCUUUCUGCCACAUUCUGGAUUAAUUGUAGUUUCCGAGUCACCUUCAAAGGUAGCCCCACAUAGAGCGCAUUGCGGUAGUCCAAGCGGGAGAUAACCAGAGCAUACACUUCUCUGGCGUGACAGUGCACAGGCAGGUUGGGUCUCAGCUGACAUACCAGAUGAAGCUGGUAGACAGCUGCCCUGGACACAGAAUUGACAUGCCUCCAUGGACGAGCCCAAAAUUAUUCCCAAGCUGCAUACCUGGUCCUUCAGGGCACAGUUACCCAUUCAAGACUAGGGAGUCCACAUCUGCCCGCCCCCUGUCUCCCUAUAACAGUACUUCUGUCUUGUCAGGAUUCAACCUCAAUCUAUUAGCAGCCACCCAUUCUCCAAUCACUGCCGGAUACUCACACGAGACCUUCACUGCCUUCACUGGUUCCAAUUUAAAGGAGAGGUAGUGCUGGGUAUCAUCCGCAUACUGGUGUACACCCAGCCCAAACCUCUUGGUGAUCUAUCUAUCACAACGGCUUCAUAAAGAUGUUGAAAAGCAUGAGGAAGAGGACCGAGCCCUGAAGCACCUCACAAGUGAGAGCCCAGAGGUCUGAACACUCUCCUCCAACACCACUUUUUGUACAUGGCCCAGGAGGAAGGAGUGGAACCACUGUAUAACAGUGCCCCCAGCUCCCAAGUCCUCUGGGCAAUCCUUCCCUUCCACCCACCCACUCCAUGCAUGCUCCACCUCCCUCCAAUGACUAGGUAGAUCAUUGCCAGUUUUUAAAUACUGGGAAUACUGAUUUAACGGGCUUGCCGAUCAGAAGGUCGGCGGUUCGAAUCCCCACAACAGGGUGAGCUCCUGUUGCUCGGUCCCUGCUCCUGCCAACCUAACAGUUCGAAAGCACAUCAAAGUGCAAGUAGAUAAAUAGGUACCUCUCCAGCGGGAAGGUAAACAGCGUUUCCAUGUGCUGCUCUGGUUCGCCAGAAGCGGCUUAGUCAUGCUGGCCACAUGACCUGGAAGCUGUACGCUGGCUCCCUCGGCCAAUAAAGCGAGAUGAGCACCGCAACCUCAGAGUUGUCCGCGACUGAACCUAAUGGUCCAUACCUUACUUAAUAUGUUUGCAAAAUGAUGUUGUGCAUCUGACCAGAAACCAUGUUAAGUCAUAACUACAUAAGAGUAUUAUUAUUAAUACUGUUACUUCAUUCUUCAAAAGCCUGCAUCUUUGUCACAUAUUAUUAUGAUGUCAUAUUUUGCAUAUUUUCUUUUUUUUACCUGUAGAGGGAAUCAGUGUUAGAAACUCAGAUAUACAAGCUAGGGGUCAAAUGGCUCCUUAAACCAAAGUUACAGUCUCGCCUUGUGAUAGAUUAUCAGUUAAACAUCUGGAUAGUUCAGAUGAUAACCUUGAGCUAUGUUACGGAUUAUUAGAAAAAGAAGAAGUCACUUUAUCCAGGGAUAAAGUGACCCCAUGCAUGCACCUCCAGAUGAUGGAGAUGUCAGACACCACCUUGGCGCCCAGGCAUCUUCACUUGGUCACAAGUGGCCUGCUGCAAAAUGUGCCUGGCUAAUUUCAAACACUGGAGAGAAUGUCUUUAAAAUAUCCUCAUAUAGGGUUGGUUUCGCCAGCAGCUCUCACAGUUUCUGGGGCCAAGUAUGGGAUUAUAGGAACCUGCACACAGCAUAGUUUUGUCGAAUUUCCAAUGUUUCUCCAUUCUGCUUCACUCUGCCGUGGUGUAGCCAAAGCAUCACAAAAGAAAGUGGCAAACAAAAAUGAAAUUCCAAUGACUAAUAGGAAUAAGAUCUCAUUGUUAGUUGGGAAAAUAGAACUGUAUUUUAUCAGCAUUUUAUUUUAACAGUAUUUUAUUUACAUGAAAAGAUUUGCAUAAUUACAAAAGUAGCCAUAAACAAUAAAUAAAACACAACAAAAUUGAACACUUUCCACAUAUUUCUAAAUACAGUAGAACCUUGGCUUUCGAAUGUAAUCUGUUCUUGAAGUCUGUUCAACUUGCGAAAUGUUUGAAAACUGAAAAUCAAAGGGCUGUUAGCAAAGUUAAUGGUGAAAAUGGGAAAACGUGCUGUGGAAGUUGUUUGACUUCCGAGGCGUGUUCGAAAACAGAAGCAUUCACUUCUGGGUUUUUGGUGUUUGGCUUCUGAAACGUUCAGCAGCUGUGACAUUCAAAAACCAAGAUUUGACUGUAUAAAGAUAGAAAAUAAUAUCAAUAACAGCUGAAUACCCCUCCAAAAAAUACCCCAGUCCAAGAGUCUGUUCAGCAGCCUCAGCUUUUAUAGCUGGAGUCAAUCAGCUACAUAAUUUAUAUCCAAAUGAUUUAAUAUUAAUCUAGUUAUUAUUUACCAUGUCAUUCCGAACCAAACAAACUGUAGUUUAUCUAAAAAGGAAACUUCCAAUCUCAGUCCCCCACGUUCUGCUAGUGGAAGAGAUGAACAAGUAGGCACUGCUAGCCUCACUAUUCCUUAGCCAGGGAAUGUCAUGAGGUUGCUAUCUCUUCCCUUCCUUUAAGAUGGAGAACAGAAUUCCACAUCCGUCAUCGGUCUGGCAAAUGCACCAAGGUUUUCUGGCUGUGUUGUCUUUCUACUUUGUUUUCUGAACUGCCCCAAAGACAAGAUAACUAACUGUAAUUCAUUGCAAUGUUGUAUACAGUCAUACCUUGGAUCUCAAACGCCUUGGCUCCCAAACAAAUCGGUCCCGAACAAUCGAAACCCAGAAGGUGAACAAGGAGGCUCUAGCUCAAUGAACUGAAAUGUCUGAAAAGUCAGGACAGAACACAAAAGCAAAGGAUGGAAAAACCAAGUAUGCAACACUUAGUCUGUUUAAUACCUAUAAAGGAAAGACUCUGGAAACACAGAAAGCUGCAGUCACAACACGCCAUGGAUUACAGAGUCUUGGAAAAGUUGCCAUUUCACGAAGGAUGCCCCCUCCUGCUAAUCUCCCCAGUCUUAAAGCAGAAAACAAAGGCAAUGAUCCGAAUAUAAACAUUGUGCCUAAGGAUGGCACAGGAUGGGCUUCUAAACAAGAGCAACAUGAGGAAGAAAAACCACCAGAAGUGCCACAGACCCAGCCAAAGCCUGCAGCUCCUGCUCCUCCAGAAGCACCUCCUGUUGCCAAAUCAUGGGCCAAUACCAAGCAAGGUGGGCAGGGUGAUGGUCCUGGAGUUCAAAUAAAUAGCUAUUUCCAGCAAGAAUUUCCUAGUCUUCAGGCAGCUGGUGAUCAAGAGAAGACAAGUAAAGAGAAGGAUACAGCUGAAGAGCCUUAUGGUCCUGGGCCCAGUUUACGACCACAAAAUGUUGCUAGCUGGCGAGAAGGUGGAGGCAGGAAUCUGAACUCUCCAAAUUCUCCAACUGAUCAAGAAGCAAAACCUGUUGCUCAAGAAGACGGUAAUGUGCCUGGACCAGUAGAACAGAGUGAUGGCCCCAAGGUACCAGAGAAGAGAGAUAUAAGGAUAGCACUGCCACCUGCUCCCAAGCUUAAUGGUCAGCAACAGCCUGGGAUCAUACCUCAGUACAGAGCAAUGAUACCACCCUAUCUGUUUAACCAGUACCCUAAAUUGGCAUAUCCUCAAAUGCCCGGCCCCAGCAGGUUCCCUGCUCCAUCUGAGGCUGCCAGAGGACCGAGGGGUAGAGGGCCCCCUUCACGGAGCUCAGAAGCUGUAGAACGCCCAGCCAUCCUAAGUGCUAAUGAGCUCAAAGAACUUGACAAGUUUGAUAAUUUGGAUGCUGAAGCUGAUGAAGGCUGGGCUGGAGCCCAGAGUGAGGUAGAUUAUACUGAACAGUUGAACUUCAGUGAUGAUGAUGAGCAAGGAAGUAACCAGAAGGAACAGUACAGCAGUAAUGAACCUACAAAAGACGUGGAGAAGAAAGAUUCAGAAGAACAUAAAUCAUCUGCUCCUUUGCAGUCAGUUGGUUCCAAAGUGCCAUAUAAUAAAAGCAACUACAUUGAUCAGGAACGCAGUCUGACACCAGCCCAGUCUUCAGUGCUUGAGAGGGGCAGUUCUGGGCUUCAGCCAAAAUCUGCUCUUCAGCAUCCACUUCCAGAUCGCUUGGCAGGGCCAGGAAAGCAAGGUCCUUUUCCUUCUAGGCCAACACCAGAUGAGGAUGAGAUUUGGAAACAGAGACGAAGACAGCAAGCGGAAGUAUCUGCAGCUGUAGAACGAGCCCGUAAAAGGCGAGAGGAAGAGGAGCGAAGAAUGGAAGAGCAAAGAAAAGCAGCAUGUGCUGAAAAGCUAAAACGGUUAAAUGAGAAAUUUGGCUGUGUAACAAAACCACCCCGAGAAGACCCACUGAAAGAAAAAGAAAAAGCAAAGGAGAAGGAUACUGAUAAGGAGAGGGAAAAAGUAAGUGAAAAGGAAAAAGACACAGUGAUAGAAAAGGAAAGGGAAGAAAAAGAAAACCAAGAAAGGGAACAGGAAGCAGAGAAGGAGAAGGAGAAGGAAAAGGAAAAAGUGGAAAGGGAAGAAGCAGAAGAGAAACCAAAAGCUGAAGUGUCUGAACCUCAAGAGCCAAUCACUCCACCUGUUACAGUUGAGAAGCCACAAGAAAGUGAAAGCAGCAGUAAAGAGGAGAGAGUGUGUCAAGCUAUUUCCACCACUCAAGAAAGCAAUCAUAGUGAAAGAGAAAGUUCUCAUGAAAGCGAGACUGAUUCUGGUGCUCAGCCACGUCCUGCUAUUUCUUCUGGCUAUUCAAAACAGUUUCAGAAAUCAUUGCCACCAAGGUUUCAGAGACAACAGGAGCAGAUGAAACAGCAGCAGUGGCAGCAGCAGCAGCAAGGGGUCCUACCGCAGACUACACCACCCCAGCCUUCUGCUGGCCCUGUUCCCCCACCACCACAUAGACCUCUCUAUCAACCCAUGCAGCCACAUCCCCCACAUUUGGCUUCUAUGGGCUUUGAUCCACGGUGGCUCAUGAUGCAAUCUUACGUGGAUCCACGAAUGAUGUCAGGAAGGCCUGCUAUGGAUAUGCCACCCAUGCAUCCAGGAAUAAUACCUCCUAAGCCACUUCUAAGAAGGGACCAGAUGGAAGGGACAGGAACUGCUGCGGACUCUUUUGAUCAUGUUACUCGAUCAGCAAGGGAGCAUGCUAUUCCUCUGCCAGAACCGCGCAUGGUGUGGGGGUCAGAACCGUAUCCUCAUGCAGAGCCUCAGCAGACUAACAAUCCCCCCAAAAUCCUAGAAGACACUGAAGAUAUAAGGCCUGACACACUUCUGGAUCAAGAACACAUAACUGUUCAAGAGGUUUACUCAGCAGAACAGAUUCAUUUGGACUCUCAGACAAAGGUGGACUUCUUCAAAGAACCCAGUGAAAUGAGUGUACAGAAGACUUCAGCCAGGUCUUUAGAAGAUGCUCAGCCUCACCAAAGUGACACACCUGCUCCUGCACUGAGUUUUGAAGUAACUGCAGAAAAUGUCUCCCAAAUCUCCAAGGAAGAAGAAAUACUUGUAGAAGAGAGCAAUAUUUCCCUGAAGAGCAUUUCUCAUGGGUCAAGCCAUUCUCUGAAAUCUGAAGACCAAGCAAAUGAUACACAAGCAAAUGUUCCCAAAGUCACCAGCAGACACAUUGAGCCAAAAGAACCAAUUCUUGAAAGAAUAGAUAGUAAACUGAAAAAAGAAGUCUUUGUAACUAAUAGGCUGUCUGAAGGGCCAAAGCCUGAAAAACCCUUUAAGCCUAAAUCUGAAACUAGGUGGGGUCCAAGACCAGGUUAUGGGAGAAGAGAGGAAGGUAGUGAUAGGCCAGUGAGAAGGUCUGGUCCUAUUAAAAAGCCUAUCCUUCGAGAUAUGAAAGAAGAGCGUGAGCAAAGAGAAGAGCGUGAACAAAAGAAGGAAAGAGAAGGAGAGAAACUGACAAAUGAGAGAGCUAGCAAGAUUGAGAAAAAGGAACAGGCUCAGGUUCCACCUCCCAGGCUAGAACCAGAGAAGACCACCACAGGUGGUAAAAAGGCAUUGCAAAGCACACCACAAGCUUCAGACUGUACAGAUGCUCCUGUGCAGUCUACAGUUACACCUGCUGUGCAGCAGCCUCUCAUUGUCCAGCAGCCUCUCAUUGUACAGCAGCCUGUACCACCAGCGUCUCAGCAGCCACCUGCAGUACAGACAUCUCCACCCAUAGCUCCACAGCUGCCUAGUCCACAAAUUGCUGUUGAGCUUCCAUCCCUUACUAUCCAGCAGCAACCAGUUCAGCAGCCUGUCAGCACAACAAAGGAAGAAAAGCAGCCAGAGAAAGUAAUCAACAAAGAACGAACUGUAGAGAGACCUCGUAUGGAAACUAGACCUGUGAGAAGAGAACCUGGUUUGCCUCCCAGAACAUACUGGAAAGAAGCUAGGGAUAGGGACUGGUUCCCAGACCAAGGAUACAGAGGCAGAGGACGUGGAGAAUAUUAUUCUAGAGGACGAAGCUACAGAGGUUCUUAUGGAGGCAGGGGUCGAGGCGGAAGAGGCCACAAUAGAGACUAUCCGCAUUACAGAGACACUAAGCCUCGAGUGGAGCACGUGCCUUCCGGUCCUCUUAGGCAGCGAGAAGAAAGUGAAACCCGUAGUGAGAGCUCCGAUUUUGAAGUCGUUCCAAAACGGCGAAGACAGAGAGGCUCAGAAACUGACUCUGACAGUGAAGUGCAUGAAAGUGCAAGUGACACCCUUCUUUCAGACAAGGACAGCUUAAGCAAAGGCAGACACCCAAAGAGAGAAGAAAAGACAGAUGUCAAAAAGCCUGCAAAAGCCGUAUUGUCUUAUAAACCUGAACAUAAUAUCCGAGGGGACAAUAGGGUUUUAGACAAAACUUAUGGGAGGGAAGAUGAGAAUAAACCCAAACCAGGUUUUCUUCCUAAAGGAGAACCUUCUAGACGUGGCAGGGGGGGCAUGUUCAGACGUGGGGGUAGAGAUCCAGUUGGCCGUCCACCUCGGCCAUCUACUCUUAGGAAACCAGGAUACAGAGAGAAUCAGUGGAACCCAAGGCAGAUGGAUCCCCCCAAACUUGAAGAUGGGGAGCCUCCACAAAGGCAUGACCAUUAUGGUUCUAUAUCACUGGAUAAAAGGCCACCUGCAAAGUUUGAGAGAAAAUUUGAUCCUGCUCGGGAAAGGCCUCGAAGGCAAAGACCUGCACGACCUCCCAGGCAAGAUAAGCCACCACGCUUUAGGCGUCUAAAAGAGAGAGAGGCAGCAUCAAAAAUAAGUGAAGUCACAACCAGCUCAUCAUCAAGUGCUGCAAUGAGUAGUGCAGUUAAUGAACAGCCAAGCACUACUUUGGAGGUGUCCGGAAGUAAGACACCAGACUUGUCCAAUCAGAACUCCUCAGACCAAGCAAAUGAAGAGUGGGAAACGGCUUCAGAAAGUAGUGAUUUCAAUGAGAGGCGUGAGAGGGAUGAAAAAAAAAUAGCAGAUGUUGCAGCACAGGCAGCUGUUAAGACUGGGGAAAACACACUAGCCCCCAAAAGGGAAAUAGCCAAGAGAAGUUUUUCCAGUCAGCGGCCUGGAAUUGAUCGGCAAAAUCGUCGUGGAAAUAGUGGACCACCCAAAUCUGGACGAAACUUCUCAGGGCCAAGAAAUGAAAGGAGAAGUGGCCCUCCAACAAGAACUGGGAAAAGGGGACCAUUUGAGGAACAAGCUGCAGUUGUGAUUAGUGCUGAAACAGUUGGGAGCAGUUUACAUCCAGAAGAAAGUGGGAACAGUGCUGCUGCGCUGAAAGCUUCCAAAGAUCCCAACAUCAAGAAGCGAGAAGAGCCGAAAGCUGGUCCAAAGAAAGUGAAGGAGAAAAUGGAUGCAAUUUCUCAAUUUGACCUUAACAACUAUGCAAGUGUUGUAAUUAUUGAUGACCACCCUGAAGUGACAGUAGUUGAAGAUUCCCAGUCCAAUUUGAACAAUGAUGGUUUUACUGAAGUGGUAUCAAAAAAGCAACAAAAACGCCUGCAAGACGAGGAACGCAGGAAGAAGGAAGAGCAAACAGUGCAGGUCUGGACCAAAAAGAGUUCAAAUGAAAAAGGAAGGUGUCCAAAUUCCAAACUACCACCCAGGUUUGCCAAAAAGCAGCAGCAGGCGACAGCAGCAGCAGCGGCCGCCGCCGCCACUCAACAGAUUCAGGCUCAACCACAACUCACACUGCCGUGUGUGUCUCAGAUUCCAAGUCCACAGACUUCAGUUCAGCUGCAACCACAGGCAACCUGUGCAGCAAACAGCAGCACCGAGUAUACAGCAACAAGCAAAACUCUUCAGAACACACCAUCUCAUAAUGCUGUAGGAACCGAAUUAUGGGAUAAUAAAGUGCCCCCUACAACAGUCCUCAGUGACAUCUCAAAAAAAUUGGGACCCAUUAGUCCUCCCCAGCCUCCUUCAGUCAGUGCAUGGAAUAAGCCUUUGACAUCGUUUGGAUCAGUUCCAUCUCCAGAGGGAACAACAGUUGGGCAAGAAAGUGGAAUUGAUUUGGGAAUAGAAACUAUUCAGUUUGGUGCUCCAGCAUCUAGCGGGAGUGAUAGCGAAGUUGGCCCAGUUUCAGAGAAGACCUCAGAGAAGCUUCUUGAACCAAAGGAGCAAAGGCAAAAGCAACCCCGUGCAGGACCUAUAAAAGCACAGAAGCUUUCAGAUUUGAGUCCAAUAGAAAACAAAGAGUACAAGCCUGGUCCCAUUGGGAAAGAACGGUCAUUAAAGAACAAGAAAGUAAAAGAGGCUCAUCAAGGGGACCCUGAGGGGCAAGAGAAAUCAAGCCCUACUGCAGUCAGAAGUCCAGACCCUGUUACUUCUAAAGAAGGCAAAGCAACUGCUGAACUUGGUACUGAAAUAGGACCAAUGAUAUCCGUGCCCGCAUCAGAGUUUGGAGCAACUCAAAAGGAGUCUGUAACAGACUAUACAGCACCUUCUUCUCACUCCAGUACAGUGGCUACAAGCAGUGCAAAGAUGGAAGAGGCUUUAGUGACAAAUGUGCCCCUGCCCCACACCCUUCCCCUCCCUAGGAGGGAGGCUCUACAACAGAGCUCCAGCCUAACUCCAGUUUCUCCCGCUACCGUGGACCUCACCCUCAAGAUGGAGUCUGCUCGCAAAGCAUGGGAGAAUUCACCAAAUGUCGGGGAGAAGAAUUCACCAGCUACAUCAUCAGCAUCUCCAGUAGGUGGCGGUAGUGGUGGCAGCAGUGGCAGUGGAAGCAGCAGCAGUAGCAGUGGACCAACCAGUGGUACAUACAGCUCUUUCUCAAGUGCAUCAAUGCCUCCCAUUCCUGUGGCUUCAGUUACACCUACAACUUCAUUGUCAGGAGCUGGAACAUACACUACCUCUUCACUGAGUACAAAAACAACCACAACCUCUGAUCCACCUAACAUUUGUAAAGUGAAGCCACAGCAGUUACAGACAAGUAAUUUGGCAUCUGCUGGUCACUUUUCCCAGCUAAGCUGUAUGCCAUCGCUAAUUGCUCAGCAGCAGCAGAGUCCACAGGUCUAUGUGUCUCAGUCGGCAGCAGGUAAUAUACGAGCUCAAAUUCCAGCUUUCUACAUGGAUACAAGCCAUCUCUUUGGUACCCAGCAUGCACGACUGGCUCCUCCAUCACUGGCCCAACAGCAAGGAUUUCAGCCAGGGCUCUCACAGCCUACAUCAGUUCAACAGAUACCAAUCCCUAUAUAUGCACCUCUGCAAGGGCAGCAUCAAGCUCAGAUGGGUUUAGGAGCAGCACCUGCUGUUUCCCAAGCCCAGGAAUUGUUUAACUCAUCAUUGCAGCCUUAUAGAUCCCAGCAGGCAUUUAUGCAAAGUGGCCUGUCUCAGCCGUCACCAGUGGUCCUUUCUGGCACAGCCUUACACAACUUCCCAGCAGUGCAGCACCAGGAACUUGCCAAGGCACAGUCAAGCCUUGCGUUUCAGCAGACAUCUAAUACUCAACCUAUUCCUAUCUUGUAUGAGCAUCAACUGAGUCAAGCUUCAGGACUAGGAGGCUCCCAGCUUAUUGAUACACAUCUUCUCCAGGCCAGAGCUACUCUUACCCAGGCCUCAAAUUUGUAUUCUGGACAGGUUCAGCAAACAGGUCAGACUAGCUUCUAUAACACUGCGCCAUCUCCCAGUGCUCUUCAGCAGGUAAACUAUGGCACGGUGACAGUACCUAUUCCAGGAUCACAACUUUCCUUGCCCAACUUUGGAUCAGCAGGCCAGCCUUUAAUCGCUCUUCCACAGUCCCUUCAGCCUCCUUUACAGCACACACCACCACAGCCUCAGACUCAGAAUAUGAGUCGGCCAGCGCAAGUAGGCCAGCCUUUCAGAGGACUAAUUCCAGCUGGAGCUCAACACAGCAUUAUAACUGGGAAGAUGUCAGAAAUGGACCUGAAAGCUUUUGGAAGUGGCAUUGAUGUUAAACCAGGCACACCUCCAGUCACCGGACGAAGCACCACUCCAACGUCUAGUCCCUUCCGGAAAUAUGAAGACAGAAUGACUGCAUACUUGCCCAAUUCCCAUUUAUUUCAGCAGAGCUUGCACAGGGUUGCUUCCACAAGUCCGAACAGUCAGGCCAAUAAAAUGAAUACCAUCGUCUACCAGAAGCAGUUUCAGUCGGCAGCUGUGAGAAUGACGCAGCCAUUUCCUCCACAGUUUGCACCCCAGAUCCUCUCUCAGCCUAACCUGGUCCCUCCAUUGGUAAGAGCCCCACAUACUAACACCUUCCCAGCGCCUGUUCAGAGGCCGCCAGUGGCACUGGCUAGUCAGAUGCCACCUCAGAUGACCACAGGCCUUAUGAGCCACCCUCGUUUGCCACAUAUGGCCAGGGGUCCUUGUGGAUCACUCUCUGGAGUCAGAGGCAAUCAGGCCCAGACUGCGAUGAAGGCUGAACAAGACAUAAAGGCAAAGCAGAGAGCAGAAGUCCUCCAGUCAACACAGAGAUUCUUCUCUGAACAGCAGCAGGCCAAGCCACCUGGAAGCAAAAUGCAGAAAGCGAGUGACAGUGGGAGCAAAGCCGCUGAGGCAAUGGCAGACUCCUCCCCAGGAGUAUGUCAGGACAAAGUGGUGGAGAAACCAAGCCCUGCACCCACAACAGCCCCCAAGCCUGUGAGAACUGGACCAAUCAAACCUCAGGCUAUCAAGACGGAGGAAACAAAAUCCUAAGUGUUGUGCCCAUUUAUUUCAAUUUGGGAGCGAAAUGACAGUGGCAAAACCUGUAGCCAAAGGGCAAAGCAUGUCCCUUCAAGGCUGUGAAUGGCAUAAAUAGACUCUGUUGCUAAUUAGCCUUGGCAGACAUGAAUGGUAACAUGCUUUAAAGGUCUGGAGAUCUUGGGGCUUGUAGCUUCCAUGCCGCCACAUGAAUUGAGUGUAACCUGCCUGUAUAGGGGCACCUGUGUUUCUGAGGAUGCAAAAUGAAAAAUAAUGCUGCUGAAGCAUGUUAUUAGCCAGUGGUAAAUGCUCUUCUGUUUGCCGUUUCAUUUUGAAAAGAAAGGCAGAUUGAAGGAAGGCUAUGCUGGACAGAAAUGAAAUUGGUUUUAUGUUGCUCAGGGUCCUAAGAGGAUGCUGUUAUUUAAUAAUGAAACGAGAAUUGAAGGUGAUUGAGUAGUCACGCAGAGCAACUCGCCCUCAGCCUUCCUCCUUUUCCCCACCAACACACACUUCAUUCUGUGAUGCUCUACAUCAGAUAUCCCUAAAAGGCAGGCUAUAGCUGCUGCUAUGGUUUGAUACGGUGCUGAAUUAACUGGGGAAGAUGCUAAUUGACUCCCAUGUUGAUACCAAAAGUGCAAAGUUUAUAUUACUCCCAUUUAGGAGUUGUAUUGCCAGUCACAUUGAGCUGUGGCUCAGUAGUACUUGGAGGAAGGAAUCCUUUGGCCUUCAAACUGCUUUCAGCUUAUGUCUGUAUAGAGCAACAAGCACGCAGCCUGCUGCAAGACGGCAUCCUCUGAAACAAUGCAUUCUUAUAUCAAAGCUACUUCUUCCUGCUCACUGUGUGCUGGGAAAUAGAAUCAAGUCAAAUAAUGCCUUCUUAAUUGUAUCCUUCUCGUAGUAUAGCUGUAGGAGAGUACUGUAUGAUAACUUCUGUGAAUGUAAAAAACUCCAUACUUGCUUAUAUGUAGUUGUGACUGUGCUAUAGUAGAGCUGUUUUAAUGACGUUACUGAAGACUUUUUCAGGCAAUGAUUGGAAGUUAAUAAGAGAGCACCACAUACCAUAGCAAUUGCAGAAUUGACUGUUUUCUCUGAGAAUUUCUUCUUCCCCUUCCCAACAUUUUUUUGGAACGAAGAGUGAGCUAAAAGUCUAAUGUGUAUAAUUUUGUUCAGAUGACAGCAGAAGCUGGAAAAGUCUGUUGCUGCUAUUGAUGCCUAGUGAAAUGCUAUUGGUUAUCUUUUUAUAUAAAUAUUAUAAUUUGAAUUUUUGGAAACUUAGCUGUGAUGUCAGCUUUGGGGGAAAGAUAUCCACUUGUACUGUGAGUUGGCAUUGUACAGAAAUUAACAGCCAUAUUGGUCUAGAAAUGUUUAAACUUUUUUUUCAUUUGUACAGGGGUAACACUGUAUUAAAUAUGUAAGGUCUUAUUUACAUGGGUUUGAUUACAGAAACUAAUAAAAAUAUUCUCUACAUAAAGUGUCUGGGAAUGUCAUGCUUUGCCACCCACCUCACCUUUAAUGUUGACAUUAAAGAAUGGCCUCUAUUGAAGAACUUCGAACACCAUCAGGUUCAUAUAGAGACAAGUACCCCUUCGGGUCCCAAGCCAAAAAAUGCUUUAAAGAUUAAAACUAGGACCCUAGGGCAGCUGACAUUCUCUGGUUGCUUCUUCCUCAACUGAGGCAGCUUGAGGAAAAUGGCCUGAGGUAAGUCUGCAUUGCAGGUGCUAAAGUUGAAAGUGUUGCUUGGCUGCCUAGAAUAGGAGUUUGGGUUAAAGGCAGCACCUGGCCCUUGUUUGCACAGAAAUUCUUUAAUGCAUCAGAGCUAUAAUGUACUAGUUAGAUACAAACCGAGCAGUUUAGUACAUAAGAGGAAACUGCUGAAGAUGGAAGUUGCUCAGCUCAAGUUUGAACUCUUCAGCUAGAGUUGUUAGAUGUGUUCUUGGGCUGUUGUUUUAAGUUGGAAAAGCAGCUUGUGGUUGCUGCACAAAGAAACCUCAGGCUGUACAAGGUUCCUUUGGAUUUUGGCCACCGGGAACAAAUAGCAUUCCAGUUUUAAUUUAGAAGCCUUUCAGGUUCUUUCCUGCUUGGUGGCAGUAAAGUUAUGAAAUGUGGUCCAUAAAAAAGAAGCCGGAAUACCAGUCCUCAACAUAGUGAUUAAAAAUAGUGGUUCUUAACUUACACUAAAUUAAUUUGCAGUUACUCGAGAGUACUGUAGAAUACCUAGAUCAGCAAAUUUAUCCAUGAUAAAUGCUUUAAGAAAUUACUUUUGCAAGUCAGCCCACCCACCAAUAUUGUAAGGGGAGGUAUAUUCUGCAGCUCCAGAAUCCAUCUCUGCAGCGAUGUUGCUCAGACAUACAAAGCAAAAGAGAGGCAUGACAAAAGCCAAGGUCACAUGAAGAGAGAGGAAGAAAAUAUGAAAAGACCAAGAAAGAGAUCUAAUGCAGUGACCAUUAAUUUAUGAUGCCCUGUUCAAACUUGGCACACAUUCCUAUUACCUAGAAAAGGCAAGGUAGCUGUCUGGAAUAGCAGGUGUGGGAGUCCGGUCAAUUUGGGCUAGCUGUUCCACAUGAGGUGGGGAACCUUGUUCCCUUGGAUACACAGCAACAAGAACUGGUGGCACAUUAUUAGAGAAUCGGUGGCCACCUUCAUUUUGCAAAUAGCUCAAGGAAACAGGUGAUGAGUAAAUGAUAUAAUGCCUUGGAAGAGAAGGAGCACAGCUUCCAUGUUGGCAUGUGGGGUUCAGACUUCUUGUAUCAAGGGAGUAGACAGCCCAGCUUCCAGAUGUAGGUUGAUGCUCUGCUAGAUCAGUUGCUUUGCACACAGGGUCUUUGGAGUGUGGUGGUGUGCCACUCCCAUCUCUCCGGCAUGUAAGCCACCAUGGGGGAGAACAGAGACCUCUUUCAGGAUAGGUGAUGUUUCGACUUCUUUGUGCACAGACUGGAGAGAUUGGGUUAAUGAGGCUCUGGUCAUUGGUGGGAAAUACCCGGUUGUCUGAGAGCCGCUGCAUGCAGCCCUGUCUGAGGCAGCUUGGAAGACCUUGGCGAAAUGUUGCAGAGUGGCAGUGGCAGUGGCAUCUGCAGGGCUGUCCCCCUGGCUCAGGAGGGGACAAGCUGUGGACAUUUCUGGGAGGAGCAGGAGAAGCAUCUGAAAAGCAAGGACUUAAUGAAGCCAUGCAAAAACAUCUCGCAUCCAUCCCUCGGUGCAGCUGGGUGAUAGUCCAUAGAUGCCUGACCUGUAGUGGGAAACUCAAGUCAUUCAAGCGGCUGGAACUCAGGCUUAGCUGCUUAGCUGUGUUACUUGAGUUUGGCCAGUGCCAAGGCACCCUGCCCAGUUUGGUGUAAUUAACAGUUACAUGCUAGUUUUUAUAGCAAUUUCUAUAGAUUUUGUGUGUACUCUUAUAGCAGUGGUCCUCAACCUUGGGCCUCCAGAUGUUUUGAGCAUAGCUGCCAAGUUUUCCCAUUUCUCGCGAGGAAGCCUAUUCAGCAUAAGGGAAAAUCCCUUAAAAAAAGGGAUAACUUGGCAGCUAUGUGUUUUGAGACUACCAUUCCCAUCAUCCCUGACCACUGGUCCUGCUAGCUAGGGAUCAUGGGAGUUGUAGGCCAAAAACAUCUGGAGGCCCAAGGUUGAGAACCACUGCUCUAUAGUAAUUAUCUUAUUGGAAUUGGCACUUACAAAUACUCUGGUCAAUUCACUUUACAGAUUGGGUACAAACUAAAAUUUGGCCAAGCUAGCCCGGGAUUUGAGCCCCUGUUUCAUCAGUGCAAGAGCCUGUCCUCUGCUGUGUCACACUCUCUCUCCAAAGUCUACCUAAGUAAACCUGCGCUGUGUGGCCCCUGCCUCUGGAGACCUGCGCAGGAGCCCUUCUGGCAGGCCAUGGCUCUGAGACUCAGAAAGGCUGAUUUCCACCCCUUCAUGGCAUCCCAAAUCUGCAGCCUCCUCUCACAGUAUAGUCAUGUCUGCCUGUUAAAGGAAGUUUAAAAUCUAAAAUGGAUGAGUAGGAUUACUGUAAAUAAAGACAUGCUUAACUGCUGUAAGCAGAAAAAACACCUGCUCCAAAAAUGGCAAAUCAGUGUAGGAUACAGUUCUUAUGUCCAAUUGCCUUUCUGCUGAGUAUGUCUCUCAAACCAGGCACAGUACAAACACAUCCUUGUAUACAGAACCCUCCUUGGAUUUGUCCCUUGCCCCUUUCUCGAUACCCUCUCAUCCAAAACAAUUUAUCCAGCUCCAUCCUGAGACAUCUGCAAGGAUCUUUUGCCCCUUGUGCCUAGAAGUCCCCUUGUUCUCUUCCUUCAAAACUCAUUUCCAUGGGGCCUUUGGUCAAACACAUUGCACACAUACAGAGAAACUAAACAGAAGGCUGUGUGACUGAACCACUUUAUUGCAGUCAAAGCUCAACAGCUUUGCAAAAAAACAA